CCUCGAACAACAACUGCAGCAAAAUGACGAUCAGAAUAACAACAAUUGUGGCGAUUUUAGUUGUUACAACUUCGAGUUGUUAUAGUUCGUCAAUGUACGAAAGGACAUUUAAUCUUCUGCAUCAGGAGCCUCCACCACCUCCGUCAACGAGCCGUUUUGACGUCGCUACACGUUGGAUCGAACAGAAAUUGGAUCAAUUCAAUGAAAGUGACGCAAGGACUUGGAAAAUGAGAUAUAUGGCAAAUGAACAAUACUUCGAAGAAGGUGGACCAGUAUUUAUUUUUGUUGGAGGGGAAUGGGCGAUUUCGAGGGGAUAUUUGACAGGAGGGCAUAUGCAUGAUAUGGCAAAGGAACAUAAGGGAUAUUUAUUUUACACUGAACACAGAUACUACGGACAAAGCAGACCGACCAGUGACCUUCAAACGGAAAACCUUCAAUAUCUAAAUGUAAAACAAGCUUUAGCUGAUUUGGCACAUUUUAUUCGAACUGUCAAAUCAACAACGCCGGGAAUGGAAAAUUCAAAAGUUAUUUUGACAGGUGGUUCUUAUUCAGCAACAAUGGUCACAUGGUUUAAGCGAUUGUAUCCUGAUUUGAUUGUUGGGGCUUGGGCAUCGAGUGCACCUCUUUUCGCAAAGCCUGAUUUUGUUGAAUAUAAGGAAGUUACUGGACAAUCAAUUAAACUAGUCGGAGGUGAAGAUUGCUACAAUCGAAUUAAAAAUGGUAUCGAUUUAAUUGAACAAAUGAUAACUGACAAUCGAGCUGCAGAAAUGAAAAGUCUCCUUAAAAUAUGCGAUACUUUCGAUGAAAACAAUGAAUUAGACGUUUGGACGUUCUUUAGUCAAAUUUCGGAUGUAUUUGCUGGAGUGGUUCAAACCCAUAGUAAAGGGAACAUUGAAGGAACUUGUAAGAAAAUAAUGGAAGGCAAAGAUGAUUUAACAGGAAUGUCCAAUUAUAUAGCUUCUUUCAGUGGAUCUUCAAACUGCUCAGAUGUUUCAUAUGAAGAUAUGAUUUUGGAUCUCAAAAAAACUGAUAACAAUCCUAAUAAGAUGUUUCGACAAUGGUUCUAUCAAACAUGCAACGAAUAUGGUUGGUAUCAGACAUCCGGUUCAACAGCUCAACCUUUUGGAAAGAAGUUUCCCUUAGAUUUAUAUGUUAAAGCCUGUCAUGAUGUCUAUGGCGAUCAAUUUAAUAACAAAACGAUGCAUGAAAAUGCCGAUAAAACCAACGAAUAUUUUGGUGGUCUAAAUCCUGAAGUGGAAAAUGUUUAUAUUAGCCAUGGUGAAUUGGAUCCAUGGCAUGCUAUGGGAAUCACUGAUAAGGAUAAGGCUACGAUGAUACCACUACAUGCUCAUUGCCAAGAUUUUGGCUCAAUCAAAUCAUCCGACACGGAGGAAAUGAAAGCGUCAAAAGAAAAAAUUGCACAACUUGUACGUGAUUGGUUAAGUACUUAAGCUUCAUGCUUAUGAACUUAAGUUAUUAUACAUGAAUACAAUAAAAAAAUAAAAAUAUUGUUCAUUAUAUUAAUAUAA